AUGAAAGUGGCAUGUGCAUUGAGAGUACUGUUCUCAGUUUUUUUUUUAAUUUUUUGGAUGCAUAUAAAUAUUGUAAGAAGCGAUAAUGUAUGUAAAGGUGCAGAUGUUAUAAUAAAUGAAUUUUGGAAUAAAUUAAAUAAUAUAAGACAUGGAGAAGUAAUAUUAAUAAAUAUAAAGAAUUAUUAUUGCCCUGCUUGUAAUAGAUAUAUGAAUAUAUGGAAUGAUGUUGAAAAGAAGAUUUUAACCUAUGAAAAGAAUGUAUCAUUAUUUGUAUUUGACUGUUCAUGUUAUUUACUUGUUCCAUAUUGUCGUUAUUUUGAUGUUUUAUAUUUCCCUACAUUUAGAUUAUUAUUUCCAGUAUAUGAUAAAAUGAAUGAAAAUGAAUAUAAAUAUAUUAACCCCUCGAGUAUGAUAGAAGGAGAAAAAUACAGUGGAGAAUUAUUAUUAGCAUAUAGAGAAGUUGAUAGAUUGGAUAAUAUGUAUGAUUUUAAAACAUUAAUAGAAAAAUAUUUAUGUAAAAAUGUGAACUUUAAUUAUAAUGACUUGAGAAUAUGUAUGAAUAGUUCGUAUAUAUAUCCAGAAAAGAAGAAUAAAAAGAAAAAUGAAAUAUAUCAAUUUCUUUAUGGUGAUAAUAAGGGGAAAAAUAAAAACGAAAUUAAAGAUGAUGUAAAUGUUAUGAAUGAUGAUUUUAUAGAUAAUAAUAAUAAUAAUAAUUAUUAUGAUGGUGAUGAUGAUGAUGAUGAUGAUGUUGAGAAUAAAGAAAAUGUAGAGAGAUGGAGUAAUCAGAUGAAUUUAAAUAAUGAUAAUAUAAAACAUGAUAUUAUUAUUGGUAUAUUAUUUACAUUAAAAAAACAUAUAUCAUUAGGAAGAGAUAUCGAAAAAGAAUAUAUACAACCUUUUAUUGUUAUGUUAAGUAUUGUUUCUAAUAUAUAUAAUGAUUUAGAAGAAGGUUUAUAUGAUAUUAUAAAUAAAUUAAAUUCAUUUAAAUAUCCUAUAAAAUAUGAUCAAUGGAUAAAAUAUAUAGAAAAUAUAAAUUAUAUUAAUGAAUAUAAAUUAGAAUAUAAUAAUAAGGAUACUAAUUUAAUAUCCUUUAAAUUAUGUGAACCAAAUUCUGUAUUAUGUUCAUAUUGGUUAUUAUAUCAUAAAAUAUCUAUAUAUUGUUUACAAGAGGAUGAAUAUAAUUAUGCAUAUUAUUUACAAACAAUUACAAACUAUACUAAAAAUUAUUUAAAUUGUCAAAAUUGUAUAGAUCAUUUUAUAAAUGCUCAAAAAUUUUGUUAUUAUGGUUAUUGCAAUAUACAUUCAGCACAAUCAUUUGUUAUUUUUUUAUGGAGAAUACAUAAUUCUGUAACUUUAAGAUCUAUGUAUGAUUUAAUAAUAAUAGAUAAUAACACAUUAACACAUUCUAAUAAUUUUAAUAAAAAAAAAUUUAUCAACAAAGAUAUUGUUUUUCCAACCUUGAAGCAAUGUAAAAAUUGUAGAAAUGCUCUUGGAUUUACAAAAAUUUCAAAUCAUACUUUGAAUACAUUUAAAAAUGGAUCCUUUACUGAUCAAAGCUUUGAUGCUAUAGAUGCUUUCAAUGUCAAAAAUGUCUUACAAUAUUUAAUACAAAUAUAUUCAUAA